AGGGGCACCAGAGAAGGACAUUUCUUAUGUUUUAUCUACUACAACUGAAUCCAAGAGGACACUUCUUUGGACAUUAGGGCACCUGGAGGGGCGAUCGCCUCCCCUGCCCCCCCUCUGAGUACACCACUGCCCCUAUGCUGCCCAGAUGAUCAUCUCUGAGGAUGCCCUGGGACCUUUUCCUGAAUAUACGCUUCUGGAUGCUGACUGGUUCCUCCUUGUCCUGCCCUCCUCUGCACUAUAGCUGGCAAGAAUUGGAGUCAGACUGUCGCCUUAGAUCUCAGAGGAAGCACGCAGCUGUCCGUUGCAUUUGUAUGAUGUCUCCUCUCGUUGCCCGACUGCUGCUUCUUGUCUGCUUGGCGUUACCUCUGUAUGGAGUGGAAAAGGUGAGAAAUAGAGGAUACCGAAAGGAUCCAGACGCCGACAAGUGUACUGGAAAUGAUGCAGAAAAGCCAAACUGCACUACGCACUCUGAAGGAAGAAGAUCCUCUAAUUUGAACCAAAUGUUAGGUAGUUGCAUGCAGGGUCCAGCAGGCACCCCUGGGAGAGAGGGUAACCCAGGAACCAAUGGCAUUCCAGGUACGCCAGGCAUCCCUGGUCGUGAUGGGCUCAAAGGUGAAAAAGGAGAGUGUAUUAAUGAGAUCUUUGAGGAGCCCUGGAGGCCCAACUACAAACAGUGUGCCUGGAACUCUCUGAAUUAUGGGAUUGACCUGGGUAAAGUAGCUGACUGUACAUUUACAAAGCUGCGUUCAGACAGCGCCCUGAGAGUUCUCUUUAGUGGAUCCCUCAGACUGAAGUGUAAGAACGCGUGCUGCCAGAGGUGGUACUUUACCUUCAAUGGAGCAGAAUGCACAGGACCCCUGCCAAUAGAGUCCAUCAUCUACUUAGACCAAGGAAGUCCGGAGCUCAACUCAACCAUCAACAUCCACAGAACAUCCUCAGUUGAAGGGCUGUGUGAGGGCAUCAAAUCAGGGUUGGUGGAUGUCGCCGUGUGGGUUGGGACCUGCUCUGACUACCCCAGAGGUGACGCAUCUACAGGGUGGAAUUCAGUAUCCAGGAUUAUCAUUGAGGAACUGCCAAAGUAAAAAGAAAAAGAAGCAUGUUCCUUUAAGGGAGGGGCCAGUCUUGGUAGUAUAACAGUAUGUUAUCUGGCUCUCCAAAAUUGUCAGGUUUGGUUGGCUGAGGCGUCACAGCAUCACUGGUGCUAACUUGAAUGUUUUAUUGUUUUGAAUACUAUAAAUGCUGACGGGACUAAAACAAGAAAACUGCACCGUACUGUCUACCAGAAAUAAACUUUGUACUGUAGCUCAUCUCCCUGUGAGAUCUAUUGGUGCACUGUCACUGAAUACCAGACACUUUUACUCUGUACUCAUUUGACCUGUUUGUAUUCAUUAUUAUUGUUAAUAAAGUCUUUUUCUAAGAUUUACAUUCAAA